ACGUCAAAAAACAAAAAUUAGUUCCACUUUUUGGCUGCAGAUGGCAGCACGUUAGUUGGUAAAACUCGGAAACGAUGGUGACGACGUAUCAAUGGUUAAUGGCUGCUUCUUACAGCACAAAACCAUCCACAGAAUUCACAUGAGACUAAAAAUUGAAAUACAACUAAAAAUCCAUGAUCAAUGAUGCAAUCUAUCUCUAAAACUAAUGAAAACAUGAUAAUUUAAUAAUAAAACCACUGAGUAAUUAAAAAACCACCGCGUAACAGUCGGAAUUUAUAAAAAACGUGUUACUGUAAAGAAAAUCUUAACGUAUAACCGUUCACAGCAACGAUUGGAUCCUGGCUCAGGCUCGAUGCGAGUUAUCAUAAACCACGAGACGUUAUCACUGGAUAAAUAUUGCACAUUUUUGAAGUUUUUUCAACAAUUCCUUGAUGUUUUUGGUUGAGUAGGUGACAUGCCUAGCAGUCGCGACAUAGAACGCGCGGAUCGUAAUGGCAGACUUAAAUCCCGUCGUCGUGACAGUGUUGGCAGCGACAUAACCCGUCAUUACGACACCUCGGAAAAGCGGCACCGUCGCCAUGGCAAAAGCGGCCGUAGUUCCGGCAAGAAGAAGAAAAAGCGUUCCCGAGACAAGUCUCUAGACUCGGACAUCCCCAAAGUAGCAUCCUCGAUCAUAAAACCUCUUGUGGAGUACUCUGACGUGAGCAGCGAGGACUUGUCCGAGCCCGAGGCCGGAGAAAUUCAAUCCGAAGAGAGCAGAGGCAACAGCUACACAAGCGACCUGGGGCUGCUCCGACCGCGGUACUAUGGUAGCCCGAAGCGUCCAGUGGUUCCUCAGCCUCCCGGAGAUCUUCGUCCCUCACCAAUCAGCAUGUCUCCUUCUCCUCCGAUGCGUCAGAGACACUUUUCCCCUGUAGAAGAGCCCCAGGUUCCCAGUCCGGAGUAUACCGAGGAACGUCGGUACCGUCGCAAGGAAAAAAAGCAUCGCCGGGAGAAAAAGAAGAAGAUUAGUCUUAGUCCGAGUUCCAGUUCCUCGAAGAAGCGGAAGCGGAAGUCAAAGCGCGCCUCCAGGAGUCUGAGUCCGGAAAUUGUCCAGGAGUUCGUUCCGGAGAGCCCGAAGAUGGUCGAGAAGUGGCCGGAGUCGCCGCCGAUGCCUUUGAAGGACAGCACGAGUCCGAUUUCUCCGGCGACGCCUCAGCAGCGUUCCCCCAGUGACAUGGACCUGGAGUCGCCCCAGCACGUCACUCCGCCCACCCUCCGACGCUCGGAGUCUCCUCACACUCCUCUACUGCCUCCCAGACCCUCUUCCCCGGACUUGAAGAUGUCCAAGCACAGUCCGGAACCGAGGAACAGUCCUCCACAUCGAGUUCCUAGAACCGACAGUCCGCUCACCAGGAGGCGGCACAGUCCCAGUAGUCCUCCAGGACGUCGGGAACACAGCCCCCGAAGAAGAGAGUUCAGCCCGAGCCCGAUGCACCGGGUGAGACACUCACCUAGUCCUCGGCGCCGGGAACGGGAGUUCCGUGCCUCCAUGUCUCCCUCCAGUAAAAGAAGAAAGCGGGAAGAUAUGAUGAGGCAACACAGACACCAUGAUAGAGAAAGAAAAGACAAGAGAAAGUCCAGGGUAAUGAAUCGCGGAGUUCCAGAUAUGUCGCGCUCCAGGAGUCGGAGCCCUAGAUGGAGGAAACCCUCCAGGUCUAGGUCCAGGGAGAGGAGGCGAAGUCGCACGCCUAAAAGAUCUCCUCCUGGAAAAUUACCCAGGUCCGCGAGGAAGAGGUCCAAGAGCCCCAGGAGGAUCCCUUCGCCUCAUCGUACUAGAAUGAGGAGCCCGACUAGUCUCAAGGCGAUAAACUUGAGGAGCCAGGCGAAGAUUAAUGAGACUACGCUGUUUGCGGAAAUGGUCAAGGACAGGAACAUCAAGGAACUGGCUUAUAAAAAGUACCAGGCUGCUAAGGAAAAGGAGGUUAAUAGUCAGGAUGAUGUUCAGAUUAUUGAAGGGUCUGAUGAGAAGGACUCCAGUUCCUGUUCCACUGACAAGUCCAAUGGCCGCGUUGAUAAGUCCGUGGAAAUUGUAGACAUUCCUGUUCCAGUUCCUGAUACUUCGGAGGGGCUUACGCCUCCUCUUCCAGGACAGGGUUCUAAUUCACCUUUUCCGCCAAACGGGGCUAGUGUUUGUCAGAAAACACCGCCACCGCCUCCUGAGGAGAUUCCUGGAACCGUUCCUGUUCCGGGAACUGUUCCUGGAACCAUUCACGUUCCAGGAACUGUUCCUGAAACUGCUGUUUCUGAAACCACAAAUGUUCCAGGGAUUGUUCCUGGAACGGUUCCGGUUCCAAGUACUGUUCCAGCGGUUCCAACACCAAAUUUGAUUCCUGUUCAAGCCACAGUACCUGUUGUUACUGGAAAUUCUGUUCCAGUGGCAGUCGCGUCACCUUUGAACGCGAUUUCAAAGUUCAACACUCCGAACAAUCUUGUUCCAAUUAAAUCUAUAGAUCCUCCAAAGGCGCCAUUUGUUCAAUUUAAAACAGGGAAGCUGUCUAAGCUGCCGCUACCUCCUGGAAUUAAUCAGAAUGAUCUGGAGAGCAUCGACUCGCCUCCUAGCAGGUCGCCGAGUCCUCAAAGGAAAGGUGGAACCGCAGGAACAGGAGGAACUGGAGGAACCCCAGGAACUGGAGCGAUGAUUAAGAAUAUUAAAAAAGGAAUUACGGAACUACCAAUGCCGCCAGUGGCUCAGGGAGAAGACUACAGUGGAGAGGAGGAUCCUAAUGCUACGCCUCCAAGAAACAAGCUGGAACGGCUGGCACCAAAGCCUAAGCUCAAGCGCCCGAAGAUUUUGAAGAAGAGGAACCUCCGGAACUGCCACGCGCCAAUGUCCGCCUCUGGGGGGAAAGAUUGGGGCGAGAGGUGUGUGGAUGUCUUUGAGGUCAUGAACCAAAUUGGAGAAGGAACUUAUGGACAAGUUUACAAGGCUAGGGACACUAGGGCCAAUGUUUUUGUUGCUCUGAAGAAGGUCAGGCUGGAGAAUGAAAAGGAAGGGUUUCCGAUUACGGCUGUUAGGGAGAUUAAAAUUCUCAGGCAGCUUAAUCAUAAGAAUAUUGUCAACCUCAGGGAAAUUGUUACUGAUAAGCAGGAUGCUAAGGACUUCAGGAAGGACAAAGGAUCCUUUUAUUUGGUCUUUGAGUACAUGGAUCAUGAUCUUAUGGGACUGUUGGAGUCAAAGUUGGUUGACUUUAAUGAAAUGAACAAUGCUAGUAUUAUGAAGCAGCUACUUGAUGGGUUGAAUUAUUGUCAUGCCAAAAAUUUUCUGCAUCGGGAUAUCAAGUGUUCUAAUAUUCUUAUGAAUAAUAGAGGAGAAGUAAAACUCGCAGACUUUGGUUUAGCGCGACUCUACAACGCAGAGGACCGCCAGCGACCAUAUACAAACAAAGUAAUAACUCUGUGGUACCGUCCUCCGGAGCUGUUACUCGGAGAAGAGCGUUACGGUCCCGCGAUAGAUGUCUGGAGUUGUGGGUGUAUCCUCGGAGAAUUAUUUUGGAAGAAACCAUUGUUUCAGGCAAACAUAGAAAUGAUGCAACUAGACUUGAUUGCCCGAGUCUGUGGAACGCCAACACCGGCCGUGUGGCCGUCUGUGAUAAAACUGCCACUUUGGCACACACUAAAAGCAAAAAAGACCUACCGAAGACGCUUGAGAGAAGAUUUUACAUUUUUACCUCCAGCAGCUCUGGAUUUAUUGGACAAAAUGCUGGAACUUGAUCCAGAAAAACGCAUCACUGCUGCCGAUGCACUUAAAAGUGCUUGGUUGAGAAAUAUUGAACCCGAACGUAUGCCUCCUCCCGACCUGCCUACCUUCCAAGACUGUCACGAGUUAUGGAGCAAAAGACAACGUCGGAAGGUUCGGGAACAACUUGAGAACGCUAACGCGGGUUCGGGAUUAAAAAGACUUAAAGAAGGAUACCAUGUCCAAAAUUUGCCCGAGGGCUUCGAGAAUUCUUUUGGGGCCUCUCCGAGCUACUGCUACAGCCCCAAGGGCCCAAGGCCCAUUAAGGAGAAUUUUAACUCGGAGAUUAGUGAAGACACUUUGGCAAAGAAGCUUAAUUCACUCGCGGGUGCGCUGGGACAGGGGAAACCUAUUAGAGUUGAUGAUUUGAUGUCUCUAAGGGUUGAUAAUGAGAGCGAUCCUAAAGCUGUACAGCUGGUCUCGGAAUUACACAGCGAAAUUAGGCAAGCUGCUAAUGCUAGACCUACUGGGCAAUUGGAAGCGCAUUUGCCGCUUUUAAAUCCUCCAGCAGAAAUAAAUGCUCAAAAAAAUAAUUUUGAUGCACACGCAGUAUACGCAGGAGACGACGCAGUCAGCUUAGGAAGAUGGUCUCAAAUCGCAACCGCGGGAAUCAAGACCGCGCUCUCAGCUCUAAUGUCCCGCUACGGUCUUGACAGCUGCAAGUCGCCCCAGGGUAAUACUAAUAAAUCUAGCCAAGUUUUCCCGCCGCCUUCUUCGUCGACUCAGUCAGCAUUCGGUUCUUAAUAUUAAAUUAAAUAUUAAAUAAAUAAAAAUUAAAAUUUUUGCGGUACUUGUUUCUGUAAAAAAGACAUUAAUAUAUAUUAUUUUAAAAUCAA